CCACUGUUGUGCAGAAAGACUUCUCUGGGAUAGCGGGGCUAACGGAGCACUCGGUGCAUGCCAGCAGUGAUGGAAGAGAAGGCAUGGAGAGAAGACUCGGGCCUAACAGGGGUUACUCUGUACUGAAUGCUGUUCCUGUUACCCAGUGGAGUCCUCACAGCCCUCUGGUUGAAUGGGGGAGGAGCAUGUCGAUGAAUCAGGAGUGGAUUCCUCAAGACUUUGGAAAAAAGUCAAGACUUGAGUUGCCUGCAUUGGAGGCUUGAAGGGCAAUGGGUUUCUCUUCAGGUUCUGUGGAGCAAAGCUGUGAGGGACAGGCUUGGUCAUGGACCCGCUUUCAGAGUUACAUGAUGAUCUGACCGUGGAUGACACCAGCCAGGCUCUGAACCAGCUGAAGCUAGCCUCCAUUGAUGAGAAGAACUGGCCCUCAGACGAAAUGCCUGACUUCCCCAAAUCAGAUGACUCCAAAAGCAGCUCCCCGGAACCCGUGACACACCUCAAGUGGGAUGACCCUUACUACGACAUCGCCCGGCACCAGAUUGUGGAGGUGGCAGGAGAUGACAAGUAUGGGCGGAAGAUCAUCGUGUUUAGUGCCUGCCGAAUGCCCCCCAGCCACCAGCUGGACCACAGCAAGCUCCUGGGGUACCUGAAGCACACCCUGGACCAGUACGUGGAGAGCGACUACACGCUGCUGUACCUGCACCACGGCCUCACCAGCGACAACAAGCCCUCGCUUAGCUGGCUCCGCGAUGCCUACCGAGAGUUUGACCGCAAGUACAAGAAGAACAUUAAGGCUCUGUACAUUGUGCACCCCACCAUGUUCAUCAAGACCCUGCUUAUCCUCUUUAAGCCCAUCAUUAGCUUCAAGUUUGGGCAGAAGAUCUUCUAUGUGAAUUACCUGAGUGAGCUGAGUGAGCACGUGAAGCUGGAGCAGCUAGGGAUCCCUCGCCAAGUGCUCAAGUAUGAUGACUUCCUCAAAUCCACACAGAAGAGCCCCGCAACGGCCCCCAAGCCCAUGCCACCACGGCCCCCUCUGCCCAACCAGCAGUUUGGGGUCUCGUUGCAGCACCUCCAGGAGAAGAACCCAGAGCAGGAGCCCAUUCCGCUUGUGCUCCGGGAGACCAUUGCCUACCUGCAGGCCCACGCUCUCACUACCGAGGGGAUUUUCCGGAGGUCGGCCAACACCCAAGUCGUGCGGGAAGUGCAGCAGAAGUACAACAUGGGGCUGCCUGUGGACUUCGACCAGUACAAUGACUUGCACCUGCCUGCAGUCAUCCUCAAGACCUUCCUCCGGGAGCUUCCUGAGCCCUUGCUCACCUUUGACCUUUACCCCCACGUUGUGGGCUUCCUCAACAUUGAUGAGAGCCAGAGAGUGGAGGCAACGCUGCAGGUGCUCCGGACGCUGCCUGAGGAGAACUACCAGGUGCUUCGUUUCCUCACUGCCUUCCUGGUGCAGAUUUCUGCCCACUGUGACCAGAACAAGAUGACCAACACUAAUCUGGCUGUUGUCUUCGGCCCUAACCUGCUGUGGGCCAAGGAUGCUGCCAUCACCCUCAAGGCCAUUAAUCCCAUCAACACGUUCACCAAGUUCCUUCUGGAUCACCAAGGGGAGUUGUUUGCCAGCCCCGAUUCGAGAGGGCUCUGAGCCCUGCCCCACUGCCCUUCCCAGCUUCCGCCUUAUAGGAUAUGGGGGCUCCUGCCUAGGAAGGGGGCCGUGAGGCCCCGGGAGCUGGAAGCUGGAGCCAGCCGGGCAGCUCUUCCUCCCUUUCUGUCCAGCCCACCUGGCCGGCCCUGGGGGCCUUGCUGUAUCUUGCCUUAUACUUCUCACUGCCUCCUUGGACCCCUGGCUCCUUGCCAGGCUCUACAGAGCUGGCGGCCUUUGGCUCUUCUAGUACGAAAAGGACUGACCCCAGAACCUGCUUACCCACUUUCUCCUGCCUCUCUUUUCCUGGCAAUUGUGAAUGCCUCAAUCACUGCUGGCUGGGCUGGUAGCUGGGGCUGGUCCUCCCCUUCCUGGCUGCUGGGGAAUAAGAGGCUGCGCUGGCUUGGGCCCGCCUGCUGAGGCACCUCCCCGGGGAAAGGCCUUGUGUGCCAGCACCUGCUCGUGUCCUCUCCUCAGAUGGUUCAGCCUUGGGCUUUUACACAGCUGAGGACUGGCAAGGCCAGGGUCUGCUUCCUGUUUCUGCCUCCUCGUCCACACAUCCUGGGUCAGGCUUUCCCAAGUGAUACUGCCCCCAGGGUGUUCCAGCCCCCUGUUCUGGCAGCUUGGAUGACAGUGCUGAGUCCUGGCAUCCAUUUGAAAUAUACACCCCAUUCCUGCCCCCACCCCGCCUGGUAGUCUGGUUGGGCCGGGGACAAGCAGUCUCAGCCCCCCACACCUUGCCUCCCUCUCUACUUGGACAGAGCCUCAGCAUAAGGCUCUGUGGACAGUCUGCUGUGGGGUCACACUGGUCCCUGCUCUGGCUAGAAGUGACUCAGUGCCUCAGGAUCUGUGGGUGGGGACUCCUGGAGGGGCUGAGAAGACUUUGCCAAUCAGAUCAGUCCCUGCCAGGGGAGUUCUAGCAACCUCCGCCUCAGACUACAAGCCCCAGGGCCCUGUCAUCUUUCAGAAAACCUGGACCCCCAAUGAUUGGUACUUCUCAUUUCAACUGUGUCCCUUAGAAUGACACUCCUUCCUGGUGAACCCCACUUCCUGCAGCCUUGUCCCCUGGCAGCAGGGUAGUACCUGUAGAGGCCGUGCCCCCGUAACCUUGGCCAGAGCCUGUACUGUGGGGGCCCUUGACCCACCCGACCCCAUCUGCAAGGCCCUGACCUCGGUAGGCUCUCUCCUUGUGAUGCUAGCAUGUCAGGACUCCUAGGGCCUGGAGAGGCUGUUGGUUCCCUGACAGUCCCUGCAUCUCUAGCCUGAGCCUGGGCUUCUGCUUUCUGCCCUCCUGUGUAUACCAGGUGUUGCUCACAGCCCCGUUUACUGGGGGGCCUCGUGGAUCUAUUUGGUCUUUCUCCUGUCCCCUGUCCCACUGGUCUGUACCUGUGGGGAGAAGGGGGGUGGGGGAGUACUGUGAAUUAAGUGUUCACAUUCACACUUAAUGACUUCCUUCGCAUCAAUCAUGUAUUUCACCUUUGCACUUUUUGUAUUUCAAUAAAAAAGAUGGAAAACUGCCCACCUGGA